AUGGUGUUGGCUCACGGAGCUCUGGUUGAGCACGAUAUCCCAGAUGAUGAGGAUAACGCCGAUUCUAGGUCCCGAACUCGGUCCAGAUCACGUCGUUCCACCAUCGAUCAGCUCGUGAUCACUCCACUGGGCCGGUUGCUCUCCGAUCUGCCUGUUGAUCUUGCCAUCGGCCGAAUGUUAAUUAUGGCGAGCCUUUUUCGGUGCUCCGAACCCGUACUUACCCUUGCCGCCGGGAUGGCUGUUCCCUCCCCACUUUCCAGCAUUACUUCUUUGCGCACAAGCAGUGAGGCCAGUGGUAAUUUGCAGCAGACUAGGCUGCAACGUGCAGAAGCCCUAGAGGCCUACGAGAGUGACAACGGUGACCCAUUCACCGUUUCAAAUAUUUUCGAUGAAUGGAUUAUGGUGCUUCUCUUCUUACUUGAUCCAUUUCUUUUUCCUGCAUUAGAGUGGUUUUUACAAAAUUUGCAUUGA